CUGGAGUUUACCCAGCGGAGCUCGGUGUCCCGCGCGCCUCAGUCCCCGCCCCGCUCCGCCCCGCAGGGGAUUCUGGGAGGCGACAUCGCCGGUCUUGGGUCGUUGGGCGUGUUUCCAGAGCCAGCGGGGCUGGGAGAGUGAAGAAAUGUUGGCUCUGAGAAGACAAGGAACUUGUUUCAGGCUGUGCAGUUUCUUGUUGGUUUGGUAUUGAAAUUUGUCAAUGUUUGCCUCAGGCUGAAUUUCUGUGGAGUAACAGAGGUAACACCUGCCACCUCUGAAUAUGCUUCACUGAAAAACAUAUAGCAUUGAUUUCUCAGGUUAUGCUGAAUAUUUCCCAUACAAACAUUGUGGUCUCUUGAAAGAGGACCAGUUUUUGAGCCACACUGCAGUUUGACUCUUAUGACUUUGAGUUAGCUGUUUAAGCUUUUUGAACCUCAAUUUCAGUUGGUGGUAAAAUGGGGAUAAUAAUACCUACCUUUGCAGUUUUGUGAAGAUUAAAUAAGAUAAUGACAUACACAACAUGUGUAACAUUGCUAUUUAUAUUACAGGAGCCACAGUAAGAUUUAUUUAUUUGUUUAUCAAAUAUGUUUUUAGCACUUACAGUGGUUCUGGCAUUAUUCUAGCACUAGAGAUAUACCAGUGAACCCAACAAAUCCUGGCUGUCUUAAAUCUUAUACUGUUGUUUGGGAAGACAACAGUUAACAGAAAAAAAAAAAAGUAUCAUGUCCAAUGAUGUUAAAUGCUAAGAAGAAAAAUAAAUCAAGAUAAGGAAAAAUAAUAACUGGGAGGGAGAUUCCCUUUAGGUAGAAUAGGGAGGUCCCUCCAAUGUUGUUAACAAUUGAGCACAGAUAAGAAUGAAGAGAGGGAAUAUGCCGUGUUCAGGCAGAAGGAAAAGCCAGGCCACAGCCUUGAAAAAGGAGUGUGGACAAUGUUUGAGGAGCUAUAAGGAAAUCUGUAUGCCUGGAGUAGGGUGAAUAAGGGGGAGAAGAGUGGGAAAUGAGGUCUAAGGGGCAGCCAGGGCUAGAUCAUAAAUUGUCUUAUUGGUGAUAGGAUGGACUUUAGAUUUUGUUGAGUUCAGGCUGUGUGUCCUUAAUAUCAGUCAGGAGUUCAGGGGUUAAGUUCAUCUUUGGCCUUUUUUGUCAGAUCUUGGAACAGGGUAGGGCUGGUCCAUGUAAAGAAACUAGCGACCAUAAAGGGCCAAAAAACUCUGUGAGUCUCAGAUCAGCAACAUAGGGCUGCUCUGCCAUUUUUUUUUCUUGUUUAACUCUCCCUUCUCAGGACUUUGUUCUCCAAAAGAGAAAAUUGAAGAAGGAAGGAAGAAUGGCUGUUGGACUAUGUAAAUCCAUGUCCCAGGAAAAUAAAUAGCAGAGAAGUAACAGUGGAAGCAGGGAGGCCAGUCAGGAGACUGCUGCAAUAAUCCAGGUGGGAGGUGAUAGCUUCCUGGACCAUGGUGGUGGCAUUGGAGCUGGGUUUGGUGACCUUCAGGGAUGUGGCUCUAAAUUUUUCCCAAGAAGAGUGGGAAUGGCUGGACUCAUCUCAGAAGGAUUUGUACAGAGAUGUCAUGUUGGAGAACUACAGGAACUUGGUAUGGCUUGGACUUUCCAUUUCUAAGCCCAACAUGAUCUCCUUAUUGGAGCAAGGGAAGGAUCCUUGCAUGGUGGAGAGAGAGAUGUCAGAUGGUCAAUAUGCAGAAUGGGACUCUUUGUAUGAAAUCAAGGCAUUAUCUCCAAAAUGGUACAUUGAUGAAGAGGAAAUAUCCCAGGGGAUGAUAAUGGAAAGACUUACAAGUUAUGGCCUUGAAUCCUCCAGUUUCAGAGAAGCCUGGAAAUAUAAGGGUGAAUUUGAGCAGCAUCAGGGAAAUCAGGAGAGUCAUUUCAGGCAAGUGACAACUCUUAAGGAAAUCUCUGCCAUGAAAAGAGACAAUGAAUAUAAUAAUUCUGAGAUAAAUGUUCUCUUGAACUCAGUACUUUUAACACAACAGAGAGUUCCCACAGUAGAACAAGUACAUAAAUUUGAUAUUUAUGAUAAAAUGUUCCCCCCAAAUUCAGUUCUAACUGAACAUAAAGGACUACAUGCUGAGAAGGAAUCUUUGAUAGGUAAUGAAUGUGAAGAAUUCAACCAGAAUACAUACCUUAGUAAAGAUGCAGAAAUUCCUCCUGGGGAGAAACAUUACGAAAGUAAUGAUUUUUCAGAUCUCUUAAGUUUCCACUCAUUACUUACUCAACAUCACACAACUCAUCUUGGAAAAUUAUCCCAUGGAUACGUUGAAUGUGGUGCUGCCUUUAGCUGUUAUUCAUUCUUUACUCAACCUCAGAGAAUUCACAGUAGAGAGAAACCAUAUGCAUGCAAUGACUGUGGAAAAGCCUUUAGCCAUGACUUCUUUCUCAGUGAGCAUCAGAGAGCUCAUACUGGGGAGAAACCAUAUGAAUGUAAGGAAUGUAACAAAGCUUUCAGACAGAGUGCACACCUUGCUCAACAUCAGAGAAUUCACACUGGAGAGAAACCCUUUGCAUGCAAUGAAUGUGGGAAGGCCUUUAGCCGUUAUGCCUUCCUUGUGGAACAUCAGAGAAUUCACACAGGAGAGAAACCAUAUGAAUGUAAGGAAUGUAACAAAGCCUUCAGACAGAGUGCACACCUUAAUCAACAUCAGAGAAUUCACACUGGAGAGAAACCCUAUGAAUGUAAUCAAUGUGGAAAAGCCUUCAGCAGACGCAUAGCCCUUACUCUGCAUCAAAGAAUUCACACAGGAGAGAAACCCUUUAAAUGUAAUGAAUGUGGAAAGACCUUUGGCUAUCGCUCACACCUUAAUCAACAUCAGAGAAUUCACACUGGUGAAAAGCCCUAUGAGUGCAUCAAAUGUGGGAAGUUUUUUAGGACUGACUCACAACUUAAUCGACAUCAUAGAAUUCAUACUGGAGAGAGACCUUUUGAAUGCAGUAAAUGUGGGAAAGCCUUCAGUGAUGCUUUAGUUCUAAUUCAUCAUAAGAGAAGUCAUGCAGGAGAGAAACCCUAUGAAUGUAACAAAUGUGGGAAGGCCUUCAGUUGUGGCUCAUACCUUAAUCAACAUCAGAGAAUUCAUACUGGAGAGAAACCUUAUGAAUGUAAUGAAUGUGGGAAGGCUUUCCAUCAGAUCUUGUCCCUUAGGCUACACCAGAGAAUUCAUGCUGGAGAAAAACCCUAUAACUGCAAUGAAUGUGGGAACAAUUUUAGCUGUGCUUCAGCUCUUCGACGACAUCAGAAAAUUCAUAAUAGAGAAGCUCUCUGAUUAUGUAUAACAAGUAUAAGAAAGAAAACAUUUAGUCACCAUUCAGUCCUUAUUAAAUAAAUAUCAGUGAGUUCUUCAGUUAGUAAUUCUAUGAACAUAGUACCUAUGGAGAAGCCUUCAGUUCAUGAGCAUCCCUUAUUUGAAAUAGCCUGAGUAGUAGACAUCUGUUACUUUUGGAUCUGUUCUGUACCCUAUUUGAGACUUAUCUCACCCUCAAUGCAUAUCAUUCUGAUGAAAUUGUUUAAUCAGGAAGAGCAGUAGAUUGGUCAUAGGCAGGCCAAUUAUUUUCUUCAACCUCAUGAUAGAUAAGGGAUUUACAAAUGGCCAUGUCUAGACCAGUAGAGUCCUAGGGGGUCAUUGUUAUGGGUAGUAAGAAAAGAUUUUUUUUCCCCACCCCAGAAUUGCAAAUUUCAAGGAUUUAGUAAGGUUAAAAACUCACCAGUAGCCUUUUUGCCACCACAUGAAGAAAGCCUUCCCAGGAUAAAUCUAACACAAAGGAAAACUGAGGUCAGAGACAGAAAUCUGAGGAUGUUUGAUCUUCUGGAUCCAAUCAUGUCUGAAGUUUACACCAUCUUUUACUUUUUCAUUUUUGUGAUCCAAUAAAUUUUCUUUUUUCUGCUUAUGUUAA